AUGAGCAGUCAAGCCACAGCCAUCUCACCACCGCCACCGUUGGCAACUCAGCCACCCCUGCCGAGCAGCGGAUCGUCGUCGGCAUCGUCGUCGAUCGGCCAGUUGGUCGGUAACGGCGGCGACGUGUACAUGACACCAGCCACUGGUGGUGGCGCUAUCAACGCUGGGGCCACAAGCGCCUCAUCCGAUGGUGGCGGUGAUUCUGGCGAGGAGAUGGGACCUUUGUCACGAGAUCGUUGCAACACAUGGCCAAUGAGACGACCACAGUUGGACGGGAAUGCGCAGACGAGUCCGUUGAUACAUGAACAGAUACCGGAGGAAGACGGAGAGCUCUACGACAGCGCAGAAAACCUGAACGGCAGACUGGGUGCGAAUUCGGCGGCCUCAACGGGCCUUCUGCACAGCCCCGAUGGCAACAACACCUUCUCGCCUGGCAGCUGCAAUAUGUCAUCGCCGGGUAUGAAUGAUCAGAACGGUGGUCAAGCAGGCGGUAACGAUUCGAUGGACGGCGGUGUCGGUGGUGCCGGUGUAUCGAAGAAGUCGACAACCCGCAGGAAUGCUUGGGGCAAUCUCAGUUAUGCAGAUCUGAUCACGCAGGCUAUUAUGCAAAGCCCUGAAAAACGAUUGACGCUUUCACAAGGUGACGUCAUCAGUUUUUUCUUGAAUUUUCAAUGA